GUGAACUCAUCCACAUCAGUAACUACAGCCUCAAACACACUGUGAGGUCGAAGCUCUGCUUCAUUUGUUCAUCUCUGUACAGAUCUUAUAAAAACACGACAUGACUGUUGGAUGUCAGUUUUGUUUUUGCCUUUCAUCUGGCUUGCUAUACCACUUUUACCAGAGAAACGUACAAUCAACGUUCAGAAACAUAACAAACGCAGACGCGCCCCCUGUAAAUCGAAUGAUGUCCGCGUCACCACGUACAUCCUCCACAAACGGUCUGGUGUGACGUCAUGACGUCACGUCGUACCGCUCAUGUGUUUGAGUUUUUUAGUUAAGAUGGCGGCGGAGUGUAGAAGUGAAUGGGCGACGCGAAGAGUACAACUGUAAAGAAUGUUUCCAGUUCUUUUACGGGAUCCCGCUUUACGGUAAAUUCCCAAUUCGAGACUCGCUAAAAACAUUGAAAUCAACUAGGAUGGUUAUAUCAUGACACAGAGCAAAAAGAAGAAACGGGUGAAUCGCAGUCUCCUGCUGGCCAAAAAGAUCAUCAUCAAGGAUGGCGGCACGCCGCAGGGUUUCGGGUCCCCCAGUGUUUACCAUGCUGUCAUCGUCAUAUUUCUGGAGUUCUUUGCUUGGGGAUUGUUGACUGCACCUACACUGGUGGUUCUUCAUGAAACAUUUCCGAAGCACACGUUUUUAAUGAAUGGCCUCAUACAGGGAGUAAAGGGUUUGCUAUCGUUCCUGAGCGCCCCACUGAUUGGCGCUUUGUCUGAUGUCUGGGGCAGAAAGUCGUUUCUCCUCCUCACUGUUUUCUUCACGUGUGCUCCCAUCCCUCUGAUGAAGAUUAGCCCAUGGUGGUAUUUUGCGGUCAUUUCUGUAUCUGGAGUGUUCGCUGUGACAUUCUCAGUGGUUUUUGCCUAUGUGGCCGACAUCACGCAGGAGCAUGAACGCAGCAUGGCAUACGGCCUGGUUUCAGCCACGUUUGCGGCGAGCCUAGUGACCAGUCCCGCCAUCGGUGCCUACCUCAGCCGAGCGUAUGGAGACAGUCUAGUAGUGGUUUUAGCAUCAGCGAUCGCCAUGCUGGACAUCUGCUUCAUACUGGUGGCUGUUCCUGAAUCACUACCAGAGAAAAUGAGGCCGGCGUCGUGGGGAGCGCCGAUCUCCUGGGAACAGGCUGACCCUUUUGCCUCCCUGAAGAAGGUGGGUCAGGACUCAACGGUGCUCCUCAUCUGUAUUACAGUAUUCCUGUCAUACCUCCCAGAGGCUGGCCAGUACUCCAGCUUCUUCCUCUACCUUCGACAGAUAAUGGGCUUUUCAUCAGAAAGUGUUGCUGCUUUCAUAGCUGUACUAGGAUUACUUUCAAUUGUUGCACAGACUGUAGUGUUAAGUUUACUCAUGCGUUCCAUUGGGAACAAGAACACAAUCUUGCUGGGUUUGGGCUUUCAGAUCCUUCAGCUGGCAUGGUACGGGUUCGGUUCGGAGCCAUGGAUGAUGUGGGCUGCAGGUGCUGUGGCGGCCAUGUCCAGCAUCACAUUCCCCGCUGUUAGUGCACUAGUGUCCCGUACUGCAGAUCCAGACCAGCAAGGAGUGGGUCAGGGAAUGAUAACAGGGAUCCGUGGUCUGUGUAACGGACUGGGCCCGGCUCUCUACGGCUUCAUCUUUUACAUCUUUCACGUGGAGCUGGAUGAGGUUCCUGAUGGAGGUGAAGAUGUCGAGCAUCAAACUCAGCUCCAUCAGCAGAGUGCUAUAAUUCCUGGGCCUCCAUUUCUUUUUGGGGCGUGCUCAGUGCUGCUGGCACUACUUGUGGCUCUGUUCAUCCCUGAACACACACCACAGGGUAGCCGAUCAGGAAGCUGGAAGAAACACACCUCCGGCCACGGGCAUCAGCACAACACUCAGCCUCCAGAGGCCAAGGAGCCCCUGCUGCAGGACACCAACGUGUGAAAGAAAACUGAACCAGAGACAUGAGAAAUGCCAAUCUAUAUCAAACCCAGAGCUUUAAAAAAAAAAUACAAAAAAGCCCAUGUAUAUAGAGGAACAUGUAUUUAAUGACGGUUCUGUCCAGUGGCACCAUUGCAUUGGCUUGUAUUUAUUCAUUUUAUAGUUCUUUAUCCUUUGCUGGUCUUUUUUUUUUUUUUUUUUUUUUUGUUCUUCUUCAUUUUAAAGUUGCAUUCCCAUUUUGGACAGGGCUCUCUCAGGGACAUGAAGCUCAGUCAGAAGCGUUUCUGAACACAGCAUGCUAACCCAGAUACAUCUCAUAUUAAUUGAAUAGUUCAGUGAAAAAAAAUCACAUGUACCCAGUGUUUCUCUCAGUGUGCUUUCACAACUAUUAGUCUGUUUACUGAGUAGGAAUCAGAGUAUAAUUCAUUCAUUUUAUUUAUUUGCUAUUUGGUUUGUGUUUGCACAUAAUUAAAACGAACUAAAUAGCAAAGUGAAAGUACGGCUGAAAACAUCCAAUUUCAGGAAACUUUCAUUAAAAUCCCAAAAAUUCAUGCAAAAAUUAAGCAUGGAGGAUAUGGAGCCAGUUAAGAAUAAAUUAUUAGAUAAGUAUAGGGUAUAAAUAAUCAGAUUAAUAUAUUUCUCUUUUUAAUUCUUACAGCUCUGUCCUUAACCCUUGGCUCAGUUUAGCAGUUCACAGCUAUAUAAUAAAAAAAGAAAAAACAUAUCUGCAACCCAAACACGCAGCAUGUUUAGUUUACCUCCUGUAGUCAAGUCCAUUAAGAAUUGAUACUCUUCCUCUCUCUCUCGCUAGAGUUCAGAUGGAAGCAGACUGAGACACCAGGGCUCAGACACUGACAGAGUAAAGGUGGUGGGCAAAAUACACCAGGGUUCCAUUGAAAAACGGCAUAAACGCUGCAUAUGUGAAAGCAUGUUAAACCUGUGAUGUUGCCGAUCAGUGUGAGACGUGUGAAGGCUAAUGUAAUGGAAGUCCAUCUCACUUUCAAAUGAUAAAAUUCAUCAAAAAUCCAUCAUUGCCUUUUAAAAAUCCAGCAACAAACAUAUCUGAUCGACUACAUUAGGUGUUAGAGACAUUGUGUACAUUUGAGAUUUUUUAUUUUUUUUUUGUGACAAAUCUUUCCUUUAAUGAUUUGUAAACAGAUCAGCCGUUUUGAUGCCUAAACACUUCCUUGUACAGCUUUUUCAUCACAGCUUCAGCGCUAAAGAAAAGCUUCCACAUGCUCACAGUUUCAUUUUACAGCUCCUUUAUCCAAUUGAUCUGUGUAUUAUUUGUACCACUUCAGAGUUAUUGGUGCCUUCACUCACUAUUCUUUUUUUUAUUUUUGUUUUUCGGUCCUAGGUACUACGUGUUUUGUGUUUCUUCUCCUCCUGUAAUACGCUUGAUUGGCCAUAUUUGAUUAUCAUAACAGUUCAGAGUAUUUGAGAAAGAAACACUAACAUGCAGAGCUUUAGGUAUGCUGUGGAAUGGACUGGAGUCUGUAUGUAGGAAGUGUUCACAUUUAGGAGGUGCGGGAACUCAAUGUGGAGAGGAAUUUCAGUGGCCUUGUAUACUUUUCAUUUUUUUUUUUUAGACAAAAACAUUUUGACCAAAUAAAAUAGAGGUUUUUAUUGAACGAUGGCAGGUGUGAAAUAGCUGUUUUCUGGUUAUUUAUAAUUUUUGCUUGCUUUUCUAUGUUUUCUCGUCAUGUUUUGCUGCCUUUCAUUUCAUUAUUGAUUUUAACAUACAGUAAAACUGUAAUCAGCUAAGCGUGUAAAUAUGACAUGACGUAUCUUAAAACAUUUAAAUAAAAGUAUUUUUGACAUUCAAA